AUGGAAGAAUUGGGUUCUUUAUGGAAUUAUCAAGAGAAUGUUGAUGAACUGAAACUGAAGCUUCAAUACAGUGCAAUCGAGCUGGAAUCUGUGAGAAUGGAAGCCGGUGAGCAAAUAAGGAAAUGCAAGGAGGAGCUGGAGUUUAUGCUCCAUCUCCUGAACCUUGCAUACCAAGAAAGAGACGAAGCAAGAGACCAAUUGCAGAAGAUGCUCAACAAGUUAAUCCCUUAUGAAACUCCGUUUAUGAUUGCAGCAAAAACAAACUCCAGUAUAACCGAAUCAAACAGUUUAUCAGACACGUAUAAUAAUCAUCACUCUCACGGUUCUUCCCCUGUUGAUUCCUUGUUCGAUGCCGUUACUUCACCUGAUUUUCCCAUCAUUAAAAUGGCCGAUUCAAGUGGAAUUGGGCUUUUGAAUCAACCUUUUGCUUCCGUUUUAGUCCCGUCAACGGUGGCGACCAAGGUUGUCGAUGCUGAAACCGCUGUGAUCGAUAACCUUGCAAGGGGUAAAACUCUGCCUGAAAAACGGAAGCUUUUACAGGCUGUAAUGGAGGCUGGACCUCUUCUUUCGACUCUGCUUGUUGCCGGUCCUCUUCCUCGAUGGAGAAACCCUCCUCCUUCCGAUGCUUUCAAAAUCCCCCAUGUUUCCAUCAAGGCAUGUGAUACUAAAAUCCAUACCAAAACACCGGUUGCCAGUCCGAUUAACCGUGUUGUUAAAAAAGGAGUGAACUCGUCAUUGUAUCAUGAAGUGUCACGUGGGACUUAUCGAAUGUGUUCAUCGGCCAUGUUGGGAUUUGCAGGUUCUGGCUCUACUUCAUGGCUGAGUCAGUUACCGUUGAGUUCAGAUGAUGGUGUUAACACUCAAAUCCCAGUCACAAAGCGGCAAAGGUUUUAA